AUGUCCCAUAAACAUUAUUCUCUCCAUCCAAAUUUUCUGACCAUUUUUACAACAAUAGCUACUCAGUUUAGAGGAUUGUUUCAGCACGGGACAUCAGCACAGGACCUUCAGACAGACAAUUUAGAGUUUAUUCCAACUCAUAGUUCUGGUGUGCAGUGGGCUGAAGACAUCUCUAACUCACCAAGUGCUCCACUCAACGUUUCCCCAAACAACAAUCACUGCUGGGUAAAGCAGGAGCUACAUUGUCUCUGGAUGAUGUUUACCUCAUGGUUGCAGCCAGAAAAGCAGAGCAAGAAGCAGAUGAUUUCUCAACUGGUCUUGAAGCAGUUUCUCCUCACUGAGCUCUACAAGGAUGAGUUUGCUUUGACAGAGAAGUGGAAAUCCAGUGGCAGAGACAUGAGAAGAUUCAUGGAGAGUCUGACUGAUGAGUGCUUGAAACCUCCUGUCAUGGUCCAUGUCUCCAUGCAAGGAAAGGAAGGCCUCUUUUCUGAAAACAUGCCAUUAAAAGAAGUCAUCAAGCUUUUAAAACAGCAGCAAUCAGCAACAAGGCCAACACCAAAGAAUGCAAGGAUGCCAGUUGACAACACAAGAUAUAUUGUUGACCAGAGGUUAGUAGAUUGUCUUCUCUCCAAAGGACAAGAAAACAGUGAAAAUGAAUGUGAUUCUUCUUGGAAUUUUCCUGAAGUAAACACUGGUGAUAACUGUACUGGAAAUGAGAUGAACUCCCUUCUUAUUAUCCAGAAAGAACAGGACCCUGAGCAGGAAGAGAGAUGUGUGUUUUUACAAUUCUCUCAGGGUACAGGAAGAGCAAGUCAAGGCAACUCCAGUCAUCAUGUAAAGUUCCUGGGUGCUCCUACUACUGUUGAUGUCUCCAUGGAGCCAGAAUCAAUAGAUUUAUUCAGAACAGCCAACUCUGUAGACAGGAAAGAUUGGAAUAAUUCUUCCAGUAAUGCUAGUCAAGAAAAUAAUGGCAAUAAUAUUCCCAGGAACAAGAUGGACUCCUUUUUCAGUAACCAAAGAGUUUAUCCUUCUGAGCCUGAUAUAGGAGAUGCUUCUUGUGAGGUAAUUCAGGAUUAUACAAGAACAAAUCAAGGAAACUCCACAUGGCUGCAAGAAUCACUUGGAGAAUCUUUUCCUGAAGAAGAUCCUAGGGACUUACCUGGGUUCCUCUCCAGACCAGUGCCUCCUACCUCAGAGCCUGCCCUUUCUCAGAAUCAUGAGGCAAACUUAACAUGUGAAAGUCAUCAAGAAAGAUACUAUGGGGAUCCCAAACCCUACACGUGUGAACAAUGUCCUAGGAGGUUCAAAUAUGCCUGUCAUCUUUCAUCCUACUUGAGAACUCACCUGAAUAAGAGGGCAUUAUCCUCUGACACCCGUGGAAAAAUAUUCAAAGGAGUCUCUGACCUCCAAAUUCAUGAGAUCAUACACAUGCCAGAGAAGCCUUUCAUAUUCAGCACAUGCAAAAGGUCCUUCAGCCACAAGAUGAACCUGAAGGCUCAUGAGAGGAUUCACACAGGAGAAAAGCCUUAUGCCUGUUCCCUAUGUACCCUUAGCUUCCGCCAAUCAUCCACUUACCACCACAUGAGGAAUUACCACAAAUCUGACUUAACUAUAUAA